AUGGCACAAGUCAGGAACAAGCAAGUGAUUUUGAAAGACUGUGUUUCUGGUUUACCUAAAGAAUCAGACAUGAACAUAGUUGACAGUACCAUUACUCUCAAGCUUCCACAAGAUUCCAAUGAUGUUCUUCUCAAAAAUCUCUCCUUGUCUUGUGAUCCAUACAUGCAGAAUCUCAUGAAAAUACCACAAAUACCUCCCAAUCCUCUUUCAUAUACUCCUCCAUCGGUAAUAACAGGUUUAGGAGUAUCUAAAGUUUUGGAAUCUAGAGAUCCAGAUUAUAAGAAAGAUGAUUUAGUCUGGGGUAUGACUAAAUGGGAAGAGUACAGCUUGAUCCCUGCCGCUCAAAUAUUUUUCAAAAUUGAGCACACGGAUGUUACUCUUUCCUACUAUACGGGAAUUCUCGGUAUGCCAAGAAUAACUGCUUAUUUUGAUUUCUUUAAAGUAGGAGCUCUUAAGAAAGGGGAGAAAGUUUUUGUUUCAGCUGCCUCUGGUGCUGUUAGUCAACUUGUUGGCCAAUUUGCUAAAUUGCAUGGUUGUUAUGUUGUUGGAAGUGCUGGAUCUAAAAACAAGGUAUUGUUGUAA